UGACAGUUCACGAGGUGAUGUCACUGGGCUUUGUUGAUUUUUAUCGUGUUUUCCGCAAUUUAAAUAUUUAGACCGAGUAUUUACACACAAUUCGGGGCACAAACUGAUUUCGCGGCAACAUGGCGAACCUAAAGUCUGAUUUGGAUCAAUAUCUGCUACAAAACGAGACUCGACGAAGUUACAAAAUAAGUUUACCUUUCUCGACUCCGAGUUUCUUUUCGAGGAGUAAUGAAGAGACGCCCACCAGCACCAGUAGCGCUGGGACCUGGUACGAUGAAGUUCAGAAGGAGUACUUUACUUUGACUCGCACGCAGCGGUUCAUCGGGUUCGCGGUGUGCAUGUUCUUCGGCGUGCUCUGCUUCAUCCUGUCCUUCCUCUACAUCCCACUGCUGCUGCUGCAGGCCAGGAAGUUCGCGCUGCUCUUCACAUUGGGCAGCCUGUUCUUUAUAUUUAGUUUCAGUUUCCUGUGGGGUCCGUGGGCGCACUUGAAGUCACUCUUCUCAAAGGACAAAGCACUAUCAACAACCCUAUACGGGUCCACACUACUCGCCACAUUAUACUGCGCACUGCACUUACAGAGUACUCCGCUGACCAUCGUCUGUGCGGUGGCGCAGGUCAUCGCCCUCAUGUGGAUGAUGAUGGGUUCCAUCCCUGGUGGUUCCUCGGGGAUGAGGUUCUUCGGAAGCAUGUUCAAGUCAUCUGUGUCCAGCACUCUACCCAUUUAAUACAAGACUGUGUUCACUAAUGGACAAUACAAGGUGCUCAGUGUUUUAAGUGGUUGACUGUGAAUGUGGAGCCGGAGACAUUGUGUGUGUGUCUUUGAUAUGAGUUUCACUGUGAAGUGAACAAUUGUGAUUGUUACUGAAAGGGAAAUUAUACAAUUGCUGAACCAACUGUUUAUAUCAUGGGGAAAAUAUGUUAGAUGGAAUAUGAUAAUACUAUAAUG